AUGCUAUUGAUACGAAGGACCGUUCGAGAGGAUGCUGUGUUUGCAGUGGCAUGGAGGGUGGCAGGGGUGGGACGGGGGCUGGGAGGGUUUGGGAGGGGUGAGGGAGGGUCGAGAGGGUGGGGAGGGCCGAGAGGGUUGGGAGGUUCGGGAGGGGUGGGAAGGAUGGGAAGGGUUGGAGGGUCGUUCACCUUUGAACUCUUGUUACCACUCUUUGUUACUACUCUCAGUUACCACUCUUAUCCCCUUUUUGAACCACUCGCCCUCACCAUCAGGCAUCGGAACAAGCGAGCAGGAGGCAGAGGAAAGCAGCGGCAGCAGCAGCGUGUGGGCGGGGAGGAAACGCCUUGCAUCAUGCGAGCGAGGGAGGGACGUGGGGAGGUUUUCCCGUGUGGUGGUGGUGCCAGGGAUAGUGGCAAUGGUGUAUGGGGUGCUGGUAACGAUGAGACUGAUGAUAAUGAUGCCAUCACUGCCAGAGAUAAUCGCAAUGGUGAUGAUGCCAGUGGCGCUUGUGUGGGUGGUGAAAAGGAUGGUUGGGCUGCUGCAGGUGAUGUUUGUGUUGCUGCAACUGGAGCAGCAGCAGCAGCGGGCGCAGUAGCAGCAGCAGAAGGAGCAGGAGCAGGAGAAGCAGGGGGAGAAAAAGGAAAAGGUAGAGUAGAUUUCGGGGGUGGGGGGGUGUUAAAAGAGAAGGGGACAGAGGAGGAGGGAGCAAAGGAGGAGGAGAGGGGAGAGGGGAAGGGGAAGAGAGAGGAGAAGGAGAAGAGAAAGGGGAAGGAGAAGGCAGAGGGGAAAGCAGAGGCAGUGGAGGAGAAGAAGAGAGAAGAAAUGUCAUUGGAGGUGGCUCAAAGGAUUGCUGAGGAGAUGCGGACAGAAGCGAAGGCUUCAAGAGAAAGAGGUGGGUUGCACAUUGGUAUUGGUAGAGAAGGUGUAAGGAAGAAAAGGAAGGGAGGAGGGGAGAAUCACUCACUCACCCUCGGUUACAAAUCCACCGCCCCUCUUCCUCCCAUCAUCCUCCCCCUACUUCCUGCUCCACCCUCCUCCCUGUCUCACCCAUUCCGUGUUAAAUCGUCGUCAGGGCUCCUGCAGAGAACCUUCUACCACUCGCAGCGAUGGCAGCCAAUCACGGCGCAGGAGAUGGCGCAGGAUGCAGACAGCGAGGACGAGUGGGAUGAAGCUGCCGCCUCGUAUGCGGACCGCAAGCUGCUGGGCGAGUUUGAGGACGUGCUGGGCGAGGAGAAGGGCAUCAUGCACCGCUGGAUGGCGUUUGUGCGCCGCCACAGGGUGAUAGCGGACAGGCAUGUGCCGUGGACAUGUGAGGCAUUCGGCAUCACACACAAGACCUUCCUCUCCUCCUCCCCUUGCACCCGCAUGUGA